GCUUACCCUGAGCAGCCUGCUCAGAAACGCCAGCGCUACAACCAAAGAAGCAAUGAAUCUGCCAAGUUCCUUGGCAAACCAGUUUGCCGUCGGGCCUUGGCGGCCUUGCUGGGCAUUGGUGGGUCCACGCUGCAGCGGCUACGGGGCGGAGAGUCGGCAUACACACAGAAUGCUCGGAAACCGUUAGCCAAACAUCCAACGUUUGGCUUCGCCAUUCGUGGCGAGACAGGUCAUGAGGACGUUGACCAGUACUUUUCACAGAUAGCGUCGUACCUCACACCUCAAGAAUUCUCCACUCCACAGGAUGUAGUGGAGCUGCUGGAUAGUGCUACACGCCCCGACCGAGAGGCCGAUUCGUUUCGGAAGCAGGCACAGCGCGCAAAGGUGCACACUCACACUUACAAGUUGGAUGAAGUGGCGUGUUGGCAAGAUUGGGUGGCAGCUUUAGGUAUUCGAUUGUUGGGGCUCCGAAAUGUGGGACAGCUUCGCUUUGCACUCCGGCAAGAUCUAGACCCUGCUUCCUUUGGCACCUGCGAAAUUGAGGAACUGCGCCGACACGAACCACAUGGGUUUGAUGUUCUUCUCCUGGCAAAAAAAAUUCAUGGCUGA